AUGUGGAGUGGGAGAAGACCGAGAAAGCACAGCGGAUGCAGAGACCCUAGUAAAACCUGCGAAGCAGCGACGAAUUGUCUGCUGAUAACAACUCCAAAGGUGGCGAAGAAAUGGCGCUUGGCCUCACGAGUAGUGUACAUUGGAGGGGCGACACUGCUCACCUGUGCCAUCCUCCUCGAAGGCAUCUUCGUACGCCUCCUGUUAGUGCCCUACCUGCGAGAGGCCGACUUCAAGCCGACGCUUUGCGUCCUCCACAACACCUUUUACGAGGUCCGCGCAGGUUUGCAGCGUUGUGAGAGUCGUUGCGCUAAACUCGCCUCCGCUUUCCCCUGUCUCGUUGUUCGAGUUCGCUUUCUACAACCCCACGACCGCUCCUGGCACACCGGCUACCUCUUCGACCAACUCCUCUCCUACCAAAAACGGCAACCACAUUUUGUUAGGAUGAAGUUGUCACAGUGCUGGUUGAGUCCCCGUGAUGAAUCCCUUGAGGUGACGCGGACUGGCCUUUUGGACGUGAAGUGCAUUUCAAGCUAUUACUUGAAGCAGACACCAAACAACUUUAAUGUCACCAAUCAACUCGAGAUUGCAAGUCUCAUCUGA